AUGGACCCCAAGAAUAUUAAGAUGUCCGACCUGCUUGAGUAUCUCAAGCAGGACUACCCCGAGGCCCUCUUAGGCUUCGCUUCCAAGUCCCUGGUAGGCGCAGCCCGCCCUUCCAACGACGCCUCCGAUAUGGAGUACGAUUCUGCCUCCUCGGAGGAAUCCUUUUCCGGCUCCGAGUCCGGGUCUCGCGGCUCGGACUCAGAGGAGGAUGCGACAGGCUUCCAACCUGUCGUAUCUAAGAAAAAGAGACGAGCGAAAGCUUCCCAAGAGUCGGAUGACGCAAUCGAAGCGUCACAACGCGCAGCGUCCCCACGCUCAGCGUCCCCCCGCUCUCCCACCCCCGUAACGGCCGCGUCCGUUAAAACCGUUGGCCCCCCCGCUACCCGCACCGCUCCGAAACGGGUAGCGUCUAGCAAUACGUCGCGCCCCGCUUCCCCGGCUGGGAACAGCGCUCGCUCCCCCCCCCGCUUCGCCUAUUGCAAAGCGUUCUCGGCCCGUCGCGGCCAACGCCCCCGCCUCCGCCUCACCUGUCGUAGACGCUACGACGGUCCCCCCCCCCCGAAGGCUCAUAAAGCCUCUGAUGCGCCGGCUUCUGCCCCUCAGGCCCCUAAGGCCCCUCAGGCACCAAAGGCCCCUCAGGCACCUAAGGCCCCUCAGGCACCCAAGGCCCCACAGGCCCCAACCGAAAACGCUUGGUUUAGGAACAAACCAGCAGUACCGACCGCCCCGGUACCCGCGCCGCCAGUCGCUCCUGUGUCAGCGACCGCGAAGGAACAAGACGGAGGGAACUCUAACCCUCUGUCCUUCCUCAGCGGACUCUCCGGGAGGUUCGAUCCCUCCGAACUAAUCAUAUUCGCAAAAAAAGUCAGAGCCUGCAAGAAUAACAAAAUGGGGCGGGUUAUGGCUUUCGUCGAACAUGCCGAAUUAGUCGGAUCGAUAUUCAAUAUUAAUACUUCUUUUUAA